AUGACUUCCUUGUAUCAGCUCAAUGGCUCUCUGAAGCCUUUUGCAAAGCUACUCUUUCUCCCCGCCGCUGUUUUGCUAUCAAUCUGGGUCGUCACCACCACUGCAAAGAGAUGGAUGCGCCAUCGCAGACAGCACUUACAAGCUGCCGAGGCUGAGGUAGUACCGCCUGAGAAAGUGCUAGCCAUUGAACCUUUACACGACUUUGACUGGAAGACCGCACCUAGGCGUCAGUUACGGCCAUUCAAACCAACAUACCACAUAACGAUGGCUAUUCGAGCCGAUACGCCAUCAGAACUCAUCACAAUUGACGAAGAUUACCUCGACCGCGUUACACAUCGACGAAGUAUCAUUGCCACUCAUGGCUCUACCGUUCAUGGCUGCAUCCCAGAAGGCGAUGCUGCUGUGCGUGAGGUUUACACUUACCUCCUAUCUGAACAGCUCCCCAAGCGCUUCCCUACCAUCUUCAAACUCUCAAAGGACAACUCCAUGUGCGAGAAUCUCGCUACAGGAAUGUCUUUCCCUACACUGCCCGAGGGCAACAUGGAUGCGGCGCUACGUGUACUCGGUGAGACUGUUGAAGAGGAUCUUUUUUUGUUGCAGGAGACUCCAGAAGGCCACCGCUCGGUUGCAUUCAUGUGUUGCUUUCCAUCGGGCUUUGAUCCCUCAACUAAGCUUGGUAAAACACUUGUGGAGAUCCAUGCACCUGUGCCGUCAUAUGAGAAGAUCGGUUCCAGUAUGGAGAAGUUCUUUUCGAAGCUGGAAGUUGGAAAGAGUGUCAAACGAACAAACUGGUCCGUCCAGACUCAUACAGAGCUGUUCAACUGCCAGGGCAACCACAUCACUGGCGAUGACAAGUACGAAAAUGAUGAAGAUGUCGAUAUUGAAAAGACUUUCCUUCGCAUAGAGCUCCAAACCUUGACUCGUCUUCCCAAGACCCGAGCCAUCCUCUUCUCUUUCAAAACUUAUCUCUACCCAGUUCGUCAGAUCAAGGACGAGGGUCUCGGGCCUGCUUUUGCCGAUGCUAUUGAGGGACUAGCCAAGGGCAAUGCUCCCGGCAUGUGGACUUACAAGAGCGCGGUGCGAUGGGGAAGCAGUGUAAUUACUUAUCUGAGAUCAUGA